AAAAUUAAACACAUAUUAAGCAACAGUUUAGGUGUAAGCACGGGCCUGAAGUUCAAACACUUGACUUUUAAAUAUGAAAGGUUGUCAAUCUAUAAUCAACUUAUAAAAAAGAACGAAUGGUUGCACGACGGUAGAAAAAACGGCACUGCCGUAUUACGCAUAACUGGCCCCCAUGGCGGGUUGCACGAAUUGCCGGAGAAGGAAGCCAAUUUGACUCGGGGAAGUGAAUAUGCUGGCAACGUGACCAAUGGCCUCCUCGUAAUCCGUUUUAGUGAAUGCCCGCAAUGAAUCGGCAUUGCACCUCUGCCGCGGACGCGUAUGAGGAUGACUACCAACAUGCGAAUUCGAAAAUACGGAUGGACCCCGCUACCUCGGGAGUGACCACGACAAAUGGCAUUCCGACUAUCUGUCUUAACACUACCGGGGAGAAUCCGUCAGUGAAGGGUUUGGACAUUGACCGACGCUGCAUCUGUCGCGGUGCAGUAGGCGGCAUUUGGGUGGAUCGUUGCAAUUAUUUUAAUAACGGAACUUGGGACAACCUCAUGGGACUAUGGACGGCUAAGAGAAACCCGCAAUUUGUACUGAUGACGCAAAAUUACACUGUACCCUUUACUGUUGCGCCGGGCAGCAAUUCGUUAGCUAACCUGACCAUAUGGAGCAGUGUUUCGGCCGGUACGCUUCCGACAACAAGAGCUUCAUCAACCAGCAAUUCGCCGACAUUCAGUUCAACGACUCCUGAGGCUUUGCAGAAGGAGGAAAGUGGAUCCACGACGCCGGAAUCCCCCUUUUCAGCCUUCUUGCUGAUAUGAAUCCAAAAGUUCUUGGCAUCAAUAAAAAGAAAAUUUCAUGCGCAGUCAUGCGCCUCUUGGACACAAAUAACUUCAAGUUGUACCGACAACAAUAAUGUUUUACAAGAAAUUUUCGAUUUUUUACCGUCUGGCACCUUGAGCAGCUCUGUGGUUUUUCCACCUAGUCAUUGAGAGUUUUUACUUUUCUGGAAAAGCGUUGCACAGAAGUUGUUUUGUUUUGUUCUUGGAAUUAGACAGAAAAGAAUUCCUAAUCUGAUGAUAUUUGGUGCUUUUCGAAAAGUGAGCAGGAAGACUGAGAAAAAUAACAA